AGCGCAACAGCCCCAAGCUGCCGGACCCUGCUCGGCGCGGCGAUGGGCACCUGCCUGCUGCUCGCUGCCGCCCUGCUGCUGCUGCGGACCCCGGCGGCAGAAGCCUUGAUGGAGCCGGAGCUCUGCUACAUCCUGGACGCCAUCCUCUUCCUCUACGGCAUCGUCCUCACUGUCCUCUAUUGCCGCCUCAAGUUCCUGACCCACCGAGCGCUGCCCAAGGGAGCCGGCACGGAGCAGAAAGAAGAAGCCAUCUACACUGGCCUCAGCAGCGAAGGCCAGGAGCUGUACGAAACCCUCCAGACCAAACACUCCUGACCCCGUCCUGCCGCCACACCGCAGCCGCCCCUCAUCCCCCCCUCUGUCCCCAGCAGCUGAGGGGACCCCCCCUACCCCCCUCAGCCCCCCCCUCCUGGGACUGUGAUGGAGAAAUGAAGCUUUUUCCUCCUGGAAA